AUUUUGUAACUUGAAGUAUUCCAAUUUAUGCACUACCUACCGCACAUACAUUAUUCUAAAUAUAUUUUUCCACAUUUUAAUGGUAACUUAAAUGUAACUAUAGGAAUAUUGUAUAUUAUAAAUCUUGUAAAAAUCCAAAAAAAAUCAAAACAUUUAUUCUGGCAUCUUCAUUAUAAGUUACCCCUUUUGGGAUUCAUUUUUUUAGCUUGUCCAGUUCUCAACAAUAUUUAGGGAGUUUCUAUUUAUUCCAAGCCCUUAAUAUCUUCAUUAAAUUGGCCCAAGGUUUGUGGCACAAUUGUAAUUGUAUCUAUAAAUUAUAAAGGAAUAGUUCAUCCCAAAUUAUAUAUUUCCAAAAAUGUAUGACAUUUUUCUCCAAAGUAGGUUAUUUCAUGUAUUUAUUUACAGCACAAUUAUUUGGGGGCUUUUGCACAACAUAAAUUUUCAAGAACAUUGGUAACCAAAUGACAUUAGGAGCCCAUUGACUUCCUUGUAUGGACGAGGGUGAACAAAUGAAGAAGUUUAUCAUUUUUAACCAUAAGUGUAAAGAACCGUUUAAUGGCCUUAACUAUUACACACUCUUUUCGAAGUUUUCCUCACUUUUGGUACUCAUACAUCAUAAAGAAAGUAAUCAGCCAUUAAAGCCCUUUUUUCAGUCAUGACACACAGCACAAGCACGCUGGAGGAUGUCAUGUAAGGGUUUCAGCACACGUAUCAAUGGGUUUCGGUCAGUGAACAGAAGGCGGGGUUCUCGUACGCAGUCCGCUAAGAAUCAUUAAUGCAAAUUAAUCCGCGAGUCCCAACACUAGACACCCGAAUGACCAAUCAAUAUGGGCGGUGCGACACACCCAAGAAAGUGCCAGUUUGCCAACAGGUCUCACUUGAGUCGCUUUAAGACUGUGGGUAUAAAUCACGAUGAUGUCAUUGCGCUAAAUCACUGUUGUCCACACCGCACUCGCUCAGCUCUCUCCGUUGCGGUUUUGCGAUACACCUGUGUUACUUCCGGAAGUAACUCGUGACGCUUUUUUUUCCACGAGCUGACGACAGACAUGUCUCGCGGAUCGGGAAUUAUUCCGGAUGAGUCCAUGUUCAAUGAGUUUAAGAGACAGUGUUUGUCUACGGAAAACUGGCUCAGCAAGUAUGAUAAGAAUGGGAUGGAGGUUUGGGUCGAGGUGGCCCCAGUAUCUUCUCAAGGGAACAAAGGCAACAACUCCAAAAUCCACAAAAUCAAGUGUAGAAUAACCAUAGACGAUGUAUCCGCUGCUACCAUGUAUGACGUGCUUCACGACAGCCUGUAUCGCAAGACGUGGGACCCAACAAUGCUGGAGAGUUUUGACAUUGCUCGCUUGGGUGCCAAUUCUGACGUGGGCUACUUUUCAUGGAUGUGUCCAAAACCGCUGAAGAACAGGGAUGUCGUGACCUUGCGGUCAUGGCAGGCGUCCGAAGACGAGUAUGUGAUUUUUAACUUCUCAGUGAAGCAUCCGAAUUAUCCUCCAAGAAAGGAUUUGGUGAGGGCGGUGUCCCUUCUUACGGGUUACCUGAUCAAACCAACCGGAAAGAACAGCUGCGUUUUCACAUACCUCUCGCAAGCUGAUCCCAGAGGGUCUCUUCCAAGAUGGGUGGUCAACAAGGCGUCACAGGUUCUAGCUCCAAAAGUCUUAAGAAGCGUUUAUAUGGCAGGCCAAAAGUACCCAGCGUGGAAGGCGGAACACAAUCCUGAUUACAAACCAUGGCUGUACCCCAUACAGAGCGAACUGGCCAUGAUGGAUCCCGCAAAACUGUCCAUCCAGCGCGGAGACUCGCUGGAGAACGUGGAUGAGAGCACGUCCAGAGAUACUCAGGAGAAUGAAGACAGCAGUUAGAUGACCGUGAAAGAAAGAACAGCCUUUUAAACUGCUGUCCUGAUGUGGUCCAUGUCAUGGGGCAGUUCAGUUACAUCUCAUGCCACUUACAUGGGCUGCUUUUUCCUCAAUUGUUUACAGUUGCGUUCUGCACAAAUACAUCUUCACGUUGAUACAUGUAAGAGAUAAGCAAUUGAAAUAUUCAAUUGUUCACCACAGAAUUUGGCACUCGCAACACACACAAGAUAGAUUAAAAUGUCUAUUUUCUUACGGCAGCAUGCACAUCAUGAGAGUAAUUUCCUGUACAGGAAAAUACUAUGAAGUUCUGUUUCUGAAGUUAAAAGCCGUUUGAAGGUGGUUGAGUUUCUUAAAUAUUUUUUUUGCUUAUUUAUACAGAAUGAUUUUAAUUAAUUCUACAUUUAUCUAUUGUUGGAGUUCAGUUUAAAGGAUGCUUAUUUCUUUAAGAUUAUAGUUCAACGUGUUAUUUAAGCAUUGUUUAAAAGAUCUCCAUAGCAGGGAAAAGGUUCCUUGUGAUGUCAUUCUUUGUUUGUGUGUAUUUGUAUAUACUGUAUGUGUUUAAGGGGAGUGUCGAUAUUGGCUUGUGCGUGUGAAUGAAUGAUUGACAAGCAACCAGACGAUAAAACAUGUUAAAUGACCUGUUCUAUGAUAAAAGCUGAGACCCACUAGCGGUAUUACCUCAGUGCUGUAGGCCGAUUCAUUUGCCUGUAACAGGCAGAGGAAAAAGUUACUCUUAUUUGUGUUCAAGCAACGUGUCUGAGGAUGGAGGUGUUGAUAACUUGAAUUUCAUAUAUGAAGUCCUCGCUCACUGAAGGGAAUUAUGGUUUUAUAUAUUAGUUUUAAAUAAAUGAUUAUCCAGAAA